CCACCUACCGUACUCCUACGCGUUUUCGAAUUAACAUUACUUUUCCGUUCUUCGUUUGAGCUAGCGUUACUGAUGGAGUACGCGUGUGCAGAUAUUAUGAUAAACUUUAUGAAUUUUAUGAUGUUUCCAGUGCAUUUAUUAUGUAAAUUGUUCAGUAGCACUGACGGUCACUAAAGUUAUGGUCGUCGGACUUAGAAAAUAUGUUAUUCAGCUGGUUAGCAUUGAACAGCUAGCUGCUAGAGGAUAGGAAGAGAAAACAAACAUAAACAUGGAUUAGCACUGCAUCUGCUUGAUGUAAGUGUAAUGGUCAUUUUUAGCUAGUUAGCUAAACAGUUUCCUCUCGGUUCGUGUUGUCUUUUAGUCCUCGAGUGGAGAAGAACAUGGAGAAGGAGCAGACUGGCUUGCGGGAGAAUCCUCCAGGUUCUCUGGAUGUUCAGAAAACCGAAAAUUGCGAACAAAGUCUUGGAGAAAGAAUACAAGAUUGUGGUUUGCAAUGUGAAGACAGAGAUGUCGAUGGCGAGUCUGAGCAAAGGGAAGAGACCGAAAUGUGUGAAGAACAACAGGAGACAGAUGUGCAUAAGAAACAGGCUGAUGAGGAGCUGGACCCCAGGAUCCAGGAGGAACUGGAACAUCUGAAUGAAGCCAGUGAGGAGAUCAACCAGCUGGAGCUGCAGCUAGAGGAAGAGAGGUCAAGCUACAGGAAAAUAUUUACUGAUUCAGCCAGGAAGCUCAAUGCACUAAGCUCUCAACUGGGCUCUUGCAUUGAGAAAGCCAGACCUUACUAUGAGGCACGGAGAUCAGCUAAAGAGGCCCAGCAGGAGACCCAGAAGGCUGCGCUUAGAUACGAGAGGGCUGUUUCCAUGCACACGGCUGCACGGGAGAUGGUGUACGUGGCUGAGCAGGGCCUUGGUGCAGAUAAGACUCUGGAUCAAACCUGGCAAGAGAUGCUUAAUCAUGCCACUGCCAAGGUGAAUGAGGCUGAGGACGAACGAAUGCGGAGUGAACGAGAGCACAUGCGUGUCACCCAGCUGUGUCAGGCAGCUGAAGCUCAUGUACAGACCCUGCAGAAAUCCCUCAAGAGGACCAUUAUCAAAUCGAAGCCUUACUUCGAACUCAAGGUCCAGUUAAACUCCCUAUUGGAGGAGCACAAAUUGAAGGUAACUCAGUUAGAAGAGCGUGUGAGUGAAGUGAAGAAGCAUUACUCCUACACUCUGCAGCGCUUGGAGAAAAUCAGCGAGGAGAUCCAUGCCCAGAGAGGACCGGACAGUUCUGAGAACGCCUUUACAAAAUCCUUCAAAACACGCAGUCCUCCUGUAGGAGCCGAGGCAGUCAUUACUACGAGGACUGAAGGUGGACGCUUCGGAGGCCGCGAUAAGUCAAACGAAUGGGUGGAUGGCCAAGAGGCUAAGACACAAGAGUGGGUGGAGAGACAGAGGGAGUCUCGCUGGUGGGAGGGAGAAAAACAGAGGCCGAUGUCUACAGUGGGUUCAGACUCCAAUUCUGUUUUUAGUUUUAAAACCAUCGCUUCAGAUUUGGAGAAGUGUGACUCUGUUGAGCAUCUCGGGCAGCUGAGUGACUCUGUUAGUCUUUCUGGAGAAGAGGAGGAAAGGGGGAAAGAGGGGGAGCAAGAAAAGGACAAAAUGGAUUUCACAGAGAUUGAGAAGCAAGAGCAGCUCAUCAAGCAGCAUCACAGGAGUGUGAGUUUGUGAGGAAGACUCCCCUCAGGCUCAUGUGAAGGAGCAGGAGUGGGCAGUUUGGUGAAACUUGAAGACAUUUCCACAGUACACAGUAUGAAUCAGGAUAUUUAGCAUUGAUCACAUUGUAACAUCCAAACAGUAGUCAUAUUUAUAAAAAAAAAAAAAAUCGGUACUAACAAUGCAAUGGCUUUAUAAUUGCAAAAACGAAAUUAACAUUCACAAAGUAGGAAAAAAUGAAACCUUCAUUCAUCUUCGGUAGCUGCUUUAUCCUGGAAAGGGUUCUAGAGGAUCCGGAGAACACUGGGUUUAAAACGUGAAUGCAUCCUGGAUGGAACAACAGUCCAUUGCGGGACACCAUUCGCACACACUUCUCACCUAGGAACAACUGAUCACAGAAGAUAUGCUUUUGGGAGCUGGGAGGAAACCGGAGAAGUCAAAGAAAACUUCAAAAGAAGUAAAAAAAAAAGUCCAAUCAACUACUUGUUACUAUGAACAACAGCUUCACAAUAUGGAUUUCCCAAGUAUCUUCUGCACUUUUAUAACACUGACCAGCUCCCAACACACAAGGAAAGCCCUUCUUAAUCUAGUUUAAGGGACGAGGAGAAUGUGGUCCAGUUUAGCCUCGGUGUCAAGGGCCAUAAUACGUCAGAUCUGACUCCACAAAACUCCCAGUAUGACGGCAUGAAGAAUAAUACACUGCGUUUUAAAAAAUGAUCAAGGCUGUUGCACUGCAUAUAUUUAAUUUAACCUGGAUUUGAGCAGUACUGUCCAUCUCUACAUAAAUAUUCCCAUCCAUGAGAACAUUAUCCCUGUAAUUGCACUUUGCAUCAGGAAAGAGAUUAGAAAGAAAUGGACUUCUUGUGAAUAGCUGUGAUGAAUGAUAAGAGAUGGACUUGAACUCAGCUCCAGGCUACUGAAACUGAAUCCAGUAUAAUUCUUUGCGACGGGUAAUUAGAAUGCAGAGGCAAACGCACUCGUUUUGCAAUAUAUUAUGAAGGGUAAGAUGUUACAAGACCCCCUGGGAUGCAGAGGUUGUUGUUGGUGCUGAUGAUAACAGCAGAACUUGUAAAUUAAUGCAUGAACAUAAAAAAGCAUUACUGCUUUAGCAGUCUUAGAGAACUUUAAUAGAAAACACACUGCAGAUCAUCUACAUAUAAAACACAGCACAAUGCGCAUAGUCCAGUAUCAUCAAAGUAUACCUUUUAAAAUUUAUGACCGCACCCUGUAGAUAUGAUUAAAUUGUCCUUACAGUUAGCCUUAUGACAAAAAUACUGAACUGAUAACUAAUUCUGUGCCAUUUUAGUCUGACGCCAGCUUCUUUAAGCUCAAUUUGGCUUUUUAAACUAAUUGUUUUCUUCGAUACUGACAGGAAGAAAGAUAAAAGAAUACUUUAAAAUCUUCAGACAAAAUAAAGAACACAAGGUUAUAUUUUAAACUGACAGUACUGCCGUUUAUUAUUUUAAAGGUUUAUUUUGCAGUCGUUAUUUAAAUGCAUUUUAUCUGUAGGAGCCUUUCAUGUCUUUCUAAAGCCUAGCUUAUAAAUAUUAAAAAGUUAAAUCUGGUAUUAAAAUAACAAUGAUUAGCCUUGGGGUUGAGUAUAUUUAUAGUUAAGCAGAUUUUUUUUUUUCAUGUAAAAUGGCAUUUAAAAGACAUUUAUAUGAUUGCAAGUUGGAACUGACUGACCAGGCUAGACAAACACUUAAAUGAUAGCCGCUAAAAGGCAAUAAACAGCCGCUGCAAUAAUUACCACCGAAGUCAAUUUACACCUCUUUAGCCCAGACAAGCUUAAGGUCAUGACGCUGAUAUUUUCCAUUUUCCACUAGCUGUAGAACAUAAAACGAUGGGAUGUGUGGGUGAGUUUUAGGUUUAAUGUACAGAUGUUAACAAAAGUGAUCCAAGAAUGGUUAUUGAACGUGUAUUUAUUAGGGGUGUGAACUUCAGGCUUCCACAUGAAAUGAUAGUUUCAAUUCUUAACGCAAUGGUUUGAUGAUGGUGCUGAAUCUACAAUUUAACAGUUAUUCUACAAAAUCGAGUCGUGCAUGAGCUGAUGGCCGACGAGGCGCGUAGCACCGUAGCCACGUAUGACGAGAUUGAGUGGAAUAAUUGUUUUUAUUCUAUCCACAUUCACUGGAUUUUGAGAGACGGAGCGUUUUUAUUUUUACUUUUUGCAAAUUCGAUAAAUAAAAACUUUAUACAAAACGUCUGACAAAAUAAUUUCCGCUUAGAACGUAAACAAACCAGUGAAAUGACAGGAGCAAUUUGUGAAAAAUGCGAUAAUGAUGAUAAUUCUUGAAAAAUAAAAAAAAAAGAGAUGUUCUUAGUAUCAAAUACUUUCAUUCCAUAUUUUGUUGUAUUUUUGGGGGGGUUUCAAGUAGUUUUUAUUUCAUCCUCAGUUGGUUCAACAACAGCAUUUUGUUUUUCUCUACUCACGGUAUAUGAGCCGAUAUCCUAGUAGUAGAGUAGCCAGUCAGAGCGUGCGAUUGCUCAUAUCCAGUGAAUAUGGAUCGAAUAAAACGUAUGAUUCCAACUCAUAAGACACCAAUUUGAUAUUUGAUGAUACAACUGAAUCUGCUAAGGUACGAUGUGAUCAGUUUUGUUAUGGAUUCUGUAGAAAGCCUUCUGUUAAUUUGCAAAUAAUGUAGUAGUUCAGAAGAGCUCUUUUAAGUAUCAGAGUUCUAGGCAAAUCUUCUUCAUGGCCUGUUUAAUUAUUUAUACAUCAGUUUACAAAUAUGAGUUAUUUCUUAUACAUCAACAUGUCUUUUUUUCAAUAAUAAUCAGCACAUCAUUGUGGCCUCAAUUUAUUUCAGUCAUUGCCUGUUUAUUUCAAUGGAUCGCUCCAAAAUUGUCCGGUAAUCACACCCCUAAUAUUUAUUAUCUUAUGUUGCUAAUGUUUCCCCAAACUUGUUCUAAUGGGCCUGUUUUCACUGACAACAUAAAUUACAUUCCACGAAUCAAAUACAUGCAACAUAACACUCAUUCCCUCAUUUAACUUUCAGACAUGUUGAACUGCAUAGUACUAAACGAACUCUCCAGUUUCACUCCGAAGCAAUACUGACUCACUAACUACCACAUUCAUACGAUUAUCUUCACAUCCUGUUUUCCUUAUUUGGUUCUGAGACACCUUUCUCACGCUGCCCUUAAAGCGUAAAUGAAAUUCGUCUUAAAUUAUCGCAUCCCUUUUUAUUUUAGACUGUAUAUUAUUCAACAUGUAUUAGCAAACCUGUAAUAUCCUUCAAGUCAGUUGAUUACCAGGUUGAAGCUAAAUAGACGUUUCAUAGUUUGUGUGCAUCUAUAAAACAUGCUGCUCAGUAGACUGCAAGAACUGUGCUUGCUUUAUCGUCGUAUUCAGUAAAUUGUUUAUUAUGAGAUUUUCUAUUGUAUUCAAUGUUAAUUUAUUUGUAUUCAACAACUGGAGUUUUGAUGUACUGUAUAAUGUUUGAAAUAUAUAUAAUUUGUGUGUUAUGAUUCAACUGACAGUUGAUUAAUAGUAACAUUUUUAUGUGUUAAUAUUCGAUGGUCAUAGCUGUGCAUUUCUUGACUGUUGAUAUGCUAGAUUUGUUUUCUUUAAAAGCAUUUCUACAGUUUGAUACCUUCUGCUGCAAAGAUUGUUCUUCAUGAAGAUGAAAGAUGCUUACGCAAUGUCUGACAGAACAAUGUUAGUAUAGAUAUAUAAAUUUUAUGUAUAAAGGUACAUUUCAUGCAAUUGAAUUAUAGUUUUCUUUCAAUAUUUUUCGUCUGUGUAAUUGUAUUUUCAAUGCAAAGUUCUUUUUUUUUUUUUUUCCUCCUCAAGACAUAUGAACAUGUUUAAUCUAGUAUGCUGUAUCAUCUAAUUGUAUAGA